AAAGUUUCCCAGUUACCAGGAGGGAUGGUGCUCAAGUUCAGAAUGUCUGUCAGUAUAAGACCCACACAGCACUGUGACGCGGCAGGUAGUCUAGUGGUUAGAAUGUUGGACUUGUAACUGAAAGGUUUCAAGUUCAAAUCCCCAAGGUAAAAAUGUGUUGUUCUGCGCCUGAACAAGGCAGUUAACCCACUGUUCCUAGGCCUUCAUUGAAGUUAAGAAUUUGUUCUGACUUGCCAGGUUAAAUAAAGGUUAAAAGAGGUGGAGCCUGAUGUCAUGUACAGCCACUACAUUUAAAUGUAGGUGUUUAUCAGUGCCCAAAUCAGCCAUUUUCAACCCGGUAUGAGUGCAAAGGGCUACGGGAAAAAAUGGGCUGGUGAGUUAGAAAUGCCAGGGCUGAUUUCUGGUCUCAGUCCCCCACAGGUUGUGACGUUUUAUAAAGAGCGUUUAAAAAGGAGAAACAAAUGUUUCUAAACGUUAUCUCAUCUCUCUCUCCCUCCACAACGUCUCCUUUAUUGAUUUGGAUCCAUUCACUAGCAACCAACUCUUUUCUUCUCCUCCUGGUUCUUUGUUCUUGCAUCUAUUUUGUCAACCCCUCUCUCCUGGGCAGGUUCGUCUCUCCGUGUCAGAGUCUGUGUGAGUCAGUGCGGGACAGCUGCGCGCCCAUCAUGGGUUGCUAUGGUUACCCCUGGCCAGAUAUCCUUCGUUGUGACCAGUUUCCUGCCAACCACCUCAUGUGUAUCUCCUCUGUCACCAACACCAGCACAGGAGGGCGUAGAGCAGUGCCCCAGGCUAGCUGUCGAGACUGUGAACUGGAGGAGGCCUCGUCUGCCAAGGACGUGCUGGAAACUUUCUGUAGGAGUGACUUUGUGGUGAAAUUGCGUCUCACGCAGCUAAAAUCCAGUCAGGUGAGUUUGGCCCAGUUCUCCCUGGCCUCUCGUCUGCAGGUUCUGAAGCACGGGCCUCUCCUGGGAGGACAGAUCCGCUCCCGCCUGCAGCUGUGGCUGGAGAGAGACGCCAGCUGUGUACGGAACAUGACGCGGCGUCAGCCCCAAGGCGGGACCUUCCUGGUGACGGGCACGGUGCAGGGGGAAUGGCUGGUGGUCAACAAGGCCUUUGCCUGGAACAAACACGCCAGGAACCUGAUGGCUGCUGUCCGCAAGUGGAAACAGCACCGAUGUAGAGGCUAGCAGGGGCUCUGGCUAGGAGCUAAACUUGAGGUCUGAAAUGGAUCUGAGCAGAGCUAUAGGCCUAGGUGUACAGAGUCAGGGAUGUGAUUAAAACACCAUAUGACAUCAGCAGAGAGAGAGGAGGUUGUUUGAGGGAGGGUACAUUUCUAUGAUAGACUUCCUGGAUUUGAAUCACAUCCUUGGAUAGCUGGAUGUUUCAGAGAGCACCAUUCUGAGCUCAGGAGAGGACGCCACAAAGGACAAUACCUUCUGUGUUUCCUGCAAAUGUACAUAUCUAUAAAUUAUAAGUAAAUAUCACUGAUCUAUAUUUGUAAGAGGUUGACUGGAAUUAAAUUAGUGUUUUCAAAGUGUU